AUGUCUUCGAAAUCCGAACUCGAUCCUCUACUGCCACGCAACCCGCCCGCUCCCGAGAUCCAGGGCCAUGGGUACUCCGUAUAUAGGCAGCCGACCGAUAUAAGAUCGUCGGAAUCGGAUUUAUUUCCUCAGAAAAGCUGGAACGUUGAAGAUGAAGACGAGGAUACCCAGUCGAUAAUGACUUCCACCAGAUCAGCCUUGAAUACUAUCGGCUUGAUUUUUACAACUGUUGUCCUCAUUGCCUUGGUGUUCGCCUUCCUAAGGCCUGAUAUAGCAGACCACCGUCCCAUUCCAGUACCCAAAGCUCCUCCUCGAACUAUAGCCGACAGAGUAUCUGCGAUUCUGGAUGGAACACCAUUGUUUGAUGGGCAUAAUGAUCUUGCCAUCUUCAUCCGGGGCGCAUAUAACAAUAAAAUACACACUGAUGAAUUCAAGGACAAAUUUGAAAAUGGAGGCAUGGAAUUGAAUGUUGAUCUUCCACGCCUGCGCACAGGUCAGGCUGGGGGUACCUUUUGGAGUGCAUUUGUCAUCUGUCCAGAUGAUGCGAGCGAUGACUUUUCAGAUGAAACCUAUUCCACAUCCGUCGCACAUACGCUUUCACAGAUCGACUUGCUCCAGCGACUCCAAAGCGAAUACCCAGAUAAUUUCACAUCCGCAACCACUCCUCUCCACACGGCUUUGACCAAUUUCCAUUCAAAGAAAUCCCUGAUCUCACCCAUCAGCAUUGAGGGACUUCAUCAAAUUCCACAAUCUGCCCCGAUGUCCACGCUCCGCCUGUACUAUGCUCUGGGCGUCCGUGCGGCGACACUGACUUGGAAUUGUCACAAUGCUUUUGCCGAUGCUGCGUUGAUCACUUCGCGAGGGGAGACAACAGUAGCUCCCUAUCAUCGCGGGGGCUUGACCGCGGCAGGAAGAGAGGUGGUUCGUGAGAUGAACCGCCUUGGAAUGCUGGUCGAUAUCUCUCAUACCUCGUACUGGACUCAGAAAGCAGUCUUGAGCAACAAAACGUCUGCGGCCCCAGUUAUAUUCUCCCAUUCGUCGGCUUUUGCACUCUGUCCUCAUCCUCGAAAUGUUCACGAUGACAUAUUAGACUUGGUAAAAGAGACGGAAAGCUUGGUGAUGAUCAAUUUUAGUCCGGCAUUCAUCUCUUGUCUUCCUCCACCUAAUUCGAGUGUGCUCCCGGAAUUUUAUGAGAAGAACAAUACCUUGCAUCAAGUGGCUCGUCAUAUCAUGUACGUCGGCGAGAAGAUUGGAUUCGACUAUGUUGGCUUGGGUAGUGACUUUGAUGGUAUGGGUACUCUGACUCCGAGAGGUUUGGAAGGAGUGGAUAAGUACCCUGAUCUGAUUGCCGAACUCUUGAAACUGGGAGUCAGUGAUAAGGAUGCUGAAAAAAUCGCGGGUGGGAAUUUGCUCAGAGUAUGGAAGGCAGCAGAAGGAAUCGCAAAAGGGUUGCAAAAAAAGACCUGGGAGGGCGAGGAUGAAGUCAGCGGAUGGUAG